AUGCUGCCAUUCUUGGCCGUCUGUAGAUCCGGCUUUGCCGACGCCAUUGCGGAGUUGGAGGGGAACAAACCGUUCUUGAUGAUGAUUGCCAGCUCAAAGAGUGGAAAUGCGCCUCUGUGGGUCUCUUGUCGGAUGUGCCGCGCACGGCUGAACAGCGUGGGAACUGAUGUAGCAGUGUCUCUAGUUAUUGUAUGCUUGCUUGUUGCGAUGCGAAAGGGCAAUGCGAAAGGGCAAUGCGAAAGGGCAACGGGCGUUCUGGAUGUAACUGCCACCAACCAAGCUUUGACCGCAAAGCUGCCAAUCAAGUCCAGUCGAGUAUCGAUUUGCGUGCGGAUGGAAGGCUAUCUCGAAGAAGCCAACGAGGUUGAGAGAAAGGCAAGGAUAGACACUUGCUCAAAGCAGCUCAAGCAGCAGCAAGAGCAGAACAAGGUGGAGCGGGGCAGACAGACGAAAGCGUGA